UGACCUGCCAGAUACCAAUCGGUGCUUUGAGAAUUUGUGGUUAAAUAAGAUUGAUGUCCUGCUGUCUAGUUUCAUGUGUAAGCGAGAAAGAGAGAGAGUCAGUGAGACAAGGGGAAAAGCAUGGAGACCUUUGUCUUUCUGUUUCCUCAAUUCGACUUCUCUGCCCCCAAGGAGGAAGUGUGUUUCAAAAUGCUCGGUGAGACCGUGUGGCGUGCUACCAGAAUGAAAGACAGCCAAUCAAGGAACAAGGACAAUGACAAAGAUAAGGACAAGGACAAAAAGUACAGACUCAGCCUCUUGAUGACCAGAUCCGGAUCACACGAGAAUGUCAGCCCAGAGAAAAAGCCGCAAUCCAAAACCCCAUAUAUUCCACCUGAGGUCGCUUUGAGAUGGAGUGAUUCCUUUGAAGAUCUGCUGGCACAUCCAGAUGGAGUGGAUGUCUUCACGCAAUUCCUGCGGUCCGAGUUCAGCGAGGAGAACAUCGAGUUCUGGUUAGCGUGUGAGGAUUACAAGACCACAACGUCCCCCGCCAAUUUGCACUCCAAGGCUAAGCAAAUGUAUGCUGUAUUUAUUGACGCCGAGGCACCCAAAGAGAUUAAUAUCGACCACUCGACCAAGAUGGACAUUCAGAAGAACAUCGCACAGCCGACGCAGUCGUGUUUCAACGCGGCGCAGAGCAAAAUCUACACCUUGAUGAAGAAGGACUGCUACCCACGCUUCCUCGCCUCAGACAUCUACCUGUGCCUGACCAAGAGGAAAGCGCCUCCUGCCAUGACCAGGAGAAGGUCUAGGUCUUUUGUGUUCAGUGACCGCGAUGAUAACGCAGCAGCCUGGUUGUAGCUCCUCAACAGCAAUUAGUAUGAUGGUUUUUCGAAGAUCGUAGGUGUGUACAGGUUACACUCAGUGCCUUGCUAGAUCUGUUCACCGGACAGUAUAUUUUCUUUUUCCCUGGGUCAGCAAAAGAGUUCAGCUUGGAUCAUGAUUUCAGCUAAUCGCAGAUUUAAUCAAAUGACAUCGCCGCCAAUUUUAACUUUAUUAUUUCACUGGUUUGAUGUGUGCGUACGCUUAGCAUAAAAUACCGGUUUUAUAACCGAGAGCUGGAAAGUGCUUGUGCAAAUCUAUGCAGAACUUACAGACUUUACGUCAGCAGAAGACAAUAUGACAAGGCUACAGUAUAGCUAAGUUCAUUUGCAAGCUAAAUCCUUGAAUAAGGUUUUUUUUUAAGGACAG